AGAAACUCGGACUUUGCCAUCUCCGGUCUGAAAUAAUAACCAGGAUACCUGCAUACAUUCUACUGCUGUUUUUUCCAGCAUUACUCAAAGACUUUGUUCUUGUUGAUAGCAGGUGUUUCGAUUCGAAACCGAACGUCGACGUCGUCUGGUUGUCCAUCGGCUGCAGCCAUGAUGGAUGCAACGGUUCCAAUGUCAUAUAGGUUUUCCAACAACGAACUAAGGGUCUUGGAGCCACCUCGGUUCAUGGAUUCUCACGUCGAGAGUACACUCCCAUACUACCAGAAUGCUGCUCCAGUCGCAUAUGCCUCUCACAUACCUUCACCACCAUAUGAGGUGUCCGGACACGUUAUGAAUGGGUAUCAUAACUCGUAUCAUCAGCCACAUCUAUUCAAUCAUCCAUCUUCAGGACCGCCUCCUCAGACUCAUACUCAUGCGCAUGUUCAACCUCUUCAUUCUCAGCUGCAUGCCACUGCGGCUGCUCAAGCACAUCCUCAGGCGCGGAGUCUUCCUUUUCAUCAUCCUCAACAAGCUGCAACAGCAGGACGUCUGUCUACAGAACACACGCCUAUUCAUUCGCCUUCCCCAGAUGUUCAUCCGGUUUCGAGGCGGAUGCCUCAUGUUCAAUCUGCCAGGCUGACACCACAGACUGCCCAACAGCAGCAACCACGGGUUAUCGACGACUAUCGUGCCGGCACAUCUCCCGCCAUUGCGCCACCUAUCACCACUACCACAGCUUCCGGCAGUGGGAAUAUACUCACACCUGUUUCCCCAUCUUCAAAUACCACCGUCGUCACUAUUCCGCAUAGAGGAAACGAACCCUCGACUAGCGCAAAGGACAUUAAUUUCUCGACAGAAGUCGACAUCUUGAUGAAGACUAUCCAGUCUCAUCAUUCUGUCCAUAAUUCCAGCAGCUCUACAUCCACACCUACCCCUUCAUCUGUAACAUCAGCAGGUACACCACCACCUCAUCAUCACCAUCAUCACCAUCAUCAAUUCUCCACAAACCAGCAACCACAUUUCUCAUCCGCAUACCAACUCGGAAUUACGAAUUAUCCUUCAUACGAAAACACACCGAAUGCAAACACGUUAACGCAACAACAGCAGAGUCAAUCCGGGGGUCGAUUAGUGAGCGAUAGCUCGGAUGGAAGUACGAAACAUAAACGGAAACAUCCAUGCACGUUUCCGGGGUGUGGAAAACUGUUUACGCAAAAGACUCAUCUGGACAUUCAUCUAAGAGCUCAUACGGGGAUAAAACCAUUCAAAUGCAGCGAACCAUCAUGCGGACAACGAUUCUCGCAACUUGGAAAUCUUCGGACCCACGAACGACGACAUACGGGCGAGAGACCAUUUACAUGCGAAGAAUGCGGCAAGGCAUUUGCGCAAAAGGGGAAUGUGAGGGCACAUAUGUUUACGCACGCCAAGGCGAAGCCGUAUACAUGUCAGUUGGAUGGUUGUUGGAAACAGUUUACGCAGCUUGGGAAUUUGAAGUCGCAUCAGAAUAAAUUCCAUGCUACAACUUUACGUGAUUUAACCACUCGAUUUGCGAAUAUGUCGAAUCCUGAAAUCAUGACGCCGGCUGAUCGAGAACUGUGGACCUAUUUUGCCAGUUUGUACAAGAAUAGCAACAAGGGUAUCAAAGGCCGAGGUAAAGAUCGGAAGAUAGCUUGCACGAAAGCGAAAAACGGUGCACACACCAGCAAUGGAAAUGGCAAUGGCAAUGGCAAAAACAAUAGUCGUAGCGCUCGAUCGACUACUACCAACAGGAACGGCAACGGCAAUCAUCAACAUCUACCGGCUAGUGGCAGUGAUGCUGGUUCAAGUGAUUAUUACAGUGCAGAAGAUGGGGAAGACGAUGAGUUGCAUGAGCAGCAACAACGGUAUAUGCAUCAUGCUAUGCCUUCUGCGCACCAUGGGGGGCAUGCAAGUCUUUUAGGGCAUGCUGUGCACCAUCGAGAGCCCUUGUCGAUGUAUUCCAAGAGUGAUCGAUGAGAUGUUGUAUCGAUAUGUACUUUACUAGGAUGAACUAACAUCCACUGGAAAUGCUCAUGUGCUAUAUACAUCAUAUCGUACAUUCAGACCUCCAAAUAGCAAAACUAGUAGUAGUACAAAUGAUCAAUACUUGUACAUCGCCGCCUUGGUAUUCUCAUAAACCAAAAACACAACCCACGUACUAGGCAAGACACGUACCAGACUCGGUCCUAACCCUUUAUAGAAUCCGGAAAGACCUUCUUGAGCCCAAAUCUGCUUCGUCGCAUCCCAUACACCGCGAUAAUAAGUGCUGCUAGUCAUUGUGCUGCGUGCAGCAGCAUCUGCAGCAUCUGCAUUAUAUGCCUGUAACUGUAAUCGGGUACGUAGUACCUGAUACGGGUAGGUAAUACAUCCCGCAAAAGUCUUUGAUAAACCCGAUAUAAGAAGGAGUUCUAUAUUCGAAAAUUCCCCUUUUUGAUUUUCUCCUGCAGUAGUACUUCGAAGUCGAUAACUCUUCAAUUUCUCAUAAGCCAUAAACUGAAACGCGCCGUGACUCACCCCGAAAAGAGCGGGGACAAGUCCUCGAUAGAAUCCCCGGAUACCUUCUGUGCGCAAGAUUUGGGUUGCGCCUGCUAUGAAAGAUGGGUAUGCACCGGGAGCUUUGGAGCCGGUGGAGAGCAUACGGGUUUUUAUUACCCAGAUUGGAUUUGUGAGGAUUGAAGUUAGGAGGCC